CCGAGCCGCCGAGCGGCCAAGGAGAGAGGAGCGGCACCCACUGCGUCCCACAUCCAGACACGCACCUUCGUGGGGGACACAGGAGGAGGAGGAGGAAGAGGACGCUUAGCGCAAACAUGCAGCCUCCCUGGGGCCUCGCACUCCCGCUGCUGCUCCCCUGGGUGGCAGGUGGAUUAGGGAACGCGGCUAGUCCAAGGGAUCACGGGUUGUUGGCAUUGGCACGCCAGCCUGGGCUCUGUCACUAUGGCACGAAACUAGCCUGCUGCUAUGGCUGGAGAAGGAACAGCCGGGGAGUCUGUGAAGCCACCUGUGAACCUGGGUGCAAGUUCGGUGAGUGUGUGGGACCAAACAAAUGCAGAUGCUUUCCAGGAUAUACCGGGAAAAGCUGCAGCCAAGAUGUGAACGAGUGUGGGAUCAAGCCCCGGCUGUGCCAGCACAGAUGUGUGAACACACACGGCAGCUACAAGUGCUUCUGUCUCAGCGGCCACACUCUCAUGCCAGAUGCAACUUGUGCCAACUCUCGGACCUGUGCCAGGACCAACUGCCAAUAUGGCUGUGAAGACACAGUGGAAGGACCUCGAUGUCUGUGUCCAUCCUCAGGACUCCGGCUGGCCUCAGAUGGCAGGGUGUGCUUAGAUAUCGAUGAAUGUGCCUCUGAGAAAGCCGUCUGCCCCUACAAUCGGAGAUGUGUGAACACAUUUGGAAGCUACUAUUGCAAAUGUCACAUUGGGUUUGAACUGAAAUAUAGCAGUGGUCGAUAUGACUGCGUGGAUAUAAAUGAAUGUGCAGUGAGUAUCCGUGCGUGUACCCCUCAUGCCAACUGCCUUAAUACCCAAGGAUCCUUCAAAUGCAGGUGCAAGCAGGGAUACAAAGGCAAUGGAUUUCAGUGUUCUGUUAUCCCAGAAAAUUCUGUGAGGGAAGUCCUCAGAGCACCUGGGACCAUCAAAGACAGGAUAAAAAAGUUGCUUGCUCACAAAAACAGUAUGAAAAGAAAGAUAAAAAUGAAAAAUGUCACCCCAAGACCCAGUGGGACGCGUGCCCCUCAGGCUACCUCAAAGCCCUUCAGCUAUGAAGAGAGUCUUUACAGGAGUGGAAACCCUCCUGGACAUAAAAAAUGGAAGAAAGAAAAAAUUAAAGAAAGGCUUGAGGAAGAGAAAAGAGAAGAGAAAGCCUUGAAGAAUGAUGUGGAACAGGAGCGAAGCCUCCGAGGAGAUGUGUUCUCCCCUAAGGUAAACGAAGCAGAUCAUUUGGGUCUGGAUCUGGUCCAAAGAAAAGUGCUGAAUUCCAAAUCGGAAUACAAAGGUUUCAAUAUCUCAGCUGACUGUAGCUUUGAUCAUGGGGUCUGUGACUGGAAGCAAGACAGAGAAGAUGAUUUUGACUGGAAUCCUGCUGAUCGAGACAAUGCUGUUGGCUAUUACAUGGCAGUUCCGGCCUUGGCAGGGCACAGGAAGGACAUUGGCCGAUUGAAACUUCUCCUCCCCAACCUGCAGCCCCAAAGCAACUUCUGCUUGCUCUUUGAUUACCGGCUGGCAGGAGACAAAGUGGGGAAACUUCGAGUGUUUGUGAAAAAUAGUAACAAUGUGCUGGCCUGGGAAGAGACCAAGAGUGAGGAUGAAAGGUGGAAGACAGGAAAAAUUCAGUUGUAUCAAGGGAUUGAUACUACCAAAAGUGUCAUUUUUGAAGCAGAACGUGGCAAAGGCAAAACUGGAGAAAUUGCGGUGGACAGCGUCUUGCUCGUUCCUGGCUCAUGUCCCAGUGGCCUUUUCACUGUGGAAGGCUGAAUGUUGCUAUUGUCUUUUCUACCAUAACAUUUGGCUUUUUUUUUUUUGGUCAGUUUUCUUUUUUUUAUGUUAUAAGAUUCCCCAUUUUAGAAAUGCAACCUGAAAAUUGCAAUAUACCAAUAGAAACACUGUAAAAUGUCUCAUAUCAGAUCUGCCAAUGUUUGCUUUAAAUACAGUGCCACUCUGUCUUCUCCAUUAUUUCUUUUUUUUUCUCCAUCAUUUCUGAACUUUUCCCCAACAUGUUAUAAAAUGUGGCAAUGAUGGUCUGUCCCUUC